CACCACAAACACACAGAGGUAGGAGCCGAGGGCCAUCCCAGAUAAGUGCUGUUGUGUUGUUUAGCGUCAGCAGUUUAUUCUUGACACAAGAUGGCAGUAGAUGUGCUUGUAAUACAGGUUAAAACGACAUUUCAUUAUCUGAAAACCGGCUGGGCCACGAAGACUGGGAGCAAGAAAUCAUUAUCGCGAGAUGAAAAACCACACCGUUCACCUUGUUCAAUAAUAAGCUUAACCAUAACCCACACGAAGUUGUUCGUUAACUUUGUAGAUAAAUUCAUUAGCUACACUGUUAAAGAUCACAUUCACAAUAGUCAUGUCAUAGGCCUAGUUCUCUGACACCGAUUAUAAGAAACGGCAAAACGGCUGACAAUAGUCAACAUGCUAUACAUUGGUAUGUUUGUAUGGUUUCGGUCCGUUGCCGCAAUCAAACAGGGGCCUACAGUGAAUUUGCGUCAAGAUACCGCUGCUUUCCUCUAGCCACUAGCGCCGCCAAGCGGCGUAUGACGGCAAGUCCACAAGACACCUAGUGAUAGACACACUGGCUGACUCUUCGGAGAUCGUGUCCUGUGACAUGUUUAACCUCCAGUCAUUAAACUCGUCAACCGCCCGGAGUAAAUAGCCUCCAGAAACUACGGUUAAGGGAAGGAUCCGGAGACUUGAGGCCGUCGUGUUCAUGGAUCCGGCACCUGGCAUAGCGACAACCGGACGGAGUUUCAUUUCCCUAAAUGAAAACGAACAAAUAUGUUACUCCGGUCUUCAUUCCAUGUGCCAGGCUGACGGCUCGGGGAAACUAUCGGCGAGCAAAGUGGGAGAACUGUUAAGGGCGUCGCAGCUGCCAGCAGAGACUCUGCAUCAAGUGACGGAGGUGUCUGGAGCCCAGCGUCUGGGUUGCUACGGUACCGUCCAGUUCUACGUGGCGCUGAAGCUGCUGGCGGCGGCACAGGCCGGUUACCCGGUGCUCCUGGACAGCCUCGCGGCCGACCUGCCCCUCCCCCGGUUCCCUGGGAUGAAGAGUGAGGCGGAGCCGCGGUUCACAGCGCCCCCUGUAGGUUUGGAGGCCCAGGGCCAGCCCUGCCCCCCUCCAGGGGCCCCUUCCUGGGCUGCGGGGGGCCCCAGAGCCCUCAGACACCUCGAUGCUGGCACGGAGAGGAAGGAAGUCUGGUCGCCUCCGCGCUCCCCAGCCAGCUCCCCGCCCCCCUCCCCAUCGGCCUAUCACAGCUACCCAUACGCACUGCAGAGGAACGGAGCCGACACGCUACUGGCCUAUGACAGUAAACUCAGUCUGAGACCUACCAUCCAGCCGGAGCAUCACUCCUCCCCUGGUCGCCAUGGCAGCAAGGCAUUUCAGGAUCCCUCCUCGCUGGUCCAGGGCCUGUCCGGGGCGAGGCUGGAGGAGAGGGGGGUGUCGGAGCAGUCUGAGGACCCCUGGAGGAUCACGGAGGAGCAGAGGGAGUACUACACCCACCAGUUCAGGACCCUUCAGCCUGACCUCGGAGCUCUCAUCCUGGGAACCAUCGCUAAGAAUUUCUUCACGAAAUCUAAGCUUCCAAUUCCAGAACUUUCCCACAUAUGGGAGCUCAGUGAUGUGGACAGAGAUGGUGCUCUCACCUUCUCUGAGUUUUGCACGGCGUUCCACCUCAUCGUGGCUCGCAAGAACGGCUACGCCCUUCCCGAGACCCUGCCCCCCACCCUGCACCCCCCCACCCUGCACCCCCCCACCCUGCACCCCCCCACCCUGCACCCCCCCACCCUGCACCCCCCCACCCUGCACCCCGCCGUGGGCCUGGAGCUGGCAGGGGGCACCCUGGCCCCCCCCGAAACCCCAGAGAGUACAGCGGCCCUCAUCGUCUUUGAGGAUGCACAUCCCAGACAACUGGAGCAGUGUGUCGCUGCAGCGGGCUCCCUCCUCCCCCCCUCGCACCCCCCCGCGCCCGGAGACAUCAGGCAAGAGUCCAGUAUCAGCAGGGCGCUGGUCUCUCCUCAGGAGGGAGACACCACAGGGGUGGGCUCGUUACCACGGAGACCAGAACCUCUCGACCUGGACCCCAGCAUGAAGUCCAGGACCAGGCCCAGGUCGUUCUCCAGCACCUCCAUCGAUGAGGUCAUGAAGAAGAAGGAGGAGCCCCCCACCCCUCCGCCUCGCCCCCAGAAGACUCACUCCAGAGCCUCGUCCCUGGACCUCAACAAGCUGCUGCAGCAGGGGAUAAAGAGUGUGUGGGGCCAGCCCCCCCCUGCCCUCCCCCCUCGACCUCCCACCAGCCAGGUUCCUGUCUUCCAGGGCACUGAGACAAGCAUCAAGCAGCCAAACUUCGCUGACUUCACUCGCUUCAGAGAGGAGGAGGAGAGCAGUGUUAAACCUGACCACAAGAGUCCAUCUCACAGACUUGGCUCUAAUACCGAGGACCUCACUAACACCCCUAAACAGGAACUUCCUGUUGUCCCUCAAGGCCACGCCCCCCAGAAGCCGGUUCGCAGGAAGUACCGGCCAGAAAGCCAGAACCUGGAGGCCACGCCCCCUCCCAUCACACCAUUUGCCCCGCCCACCAAGCAAAAACUGGCCUCCAGGAUGAGGAGGGAGAUCCAGAUGACCAUCCGUAAGAACAAGGAGACCAACGCUGUUCUGACCCGUCUGAACAGUGAGCUACAGCAGCAGCUGAAGGAGGUCCACCAGGAGAGAGUCACUCUGGAGUCUCAGCUGGAAGUCCUCCGACCCCUGCCGUCAUGGUGACCCUGACCGCCCUGAGACUGACCUGGGUCCCCCCACACACACACACACAGCUUCAGAACACCCCCCCUCCCACACUCACACACACUCCUCCCCCCACCCCAGCUCCAGGACCCAGGCCUCCCCCAGCCUGCCUGCCUGCUGAGGGUGUGUGUGUGCUGGGGUGAGGAGGAGCGCUGGCAGGGCGCGGGGGCUGGAGCUGUGAACCCAGCUAGCCACAGCACCGCCGCCAGAAAUACCUCGGUAGCCUCAGACAGGACUCGAUCAUUCCAGUGCUGCUGGAGAAAAAGGCGUUUUGAAAGCAAAUGUUGUCCAUAAAACUUUUGUUUUUACACGUUGUGUUAUUUGUUUUGUGUUAUAGUUUUGGUGUCAGAUGUGGGGGUUGCUUCUGUCAUAAUCACCUCUUACUUUACUAAGUGUGUCAUCUCCUUUUCUUUCUGUGUGUGUUUGUGUGUGUGUGUACACCUGUGUGUGUGUACACCUGUGUGUGUGCGCACACCUGUGUGUGAGAAAAGUGAUGGUGCUACUGAAGAAUGUAAUAUUUCCCAGAAGUGCAUAAAUCGUUAUACAUGAUGCUGAUUGUCUAAUACAGAAUAUGAUUAAUGAAGCAUGAAGUUUAUGACUGUCAGAGACCACAGCAAGUUACCACUGUUUUAACUAGGUCACUGUUCAAAAGAAUUCCCACGUAUUUUGGGUUGAUAUUUAAUUGGAAUUCAUCUUUGCGGUUGCCAUGGGAUCUGAGUUUGGUUCUUCUGAAUGUGUAUACUAGGAUUAUGGGAUGUUUUCUGUCCUCUCCUCCUCCUCGCCUGCAUCUCUGUUACAUCACUGAUUUUGUGAUCAACGUUAAACAUGAAAAUAUCCACGCCGGCCACAGAACCAGUGUGAACAGGAAUGUGGAUCGUGUAGCGAAGAACAAGCUAUGAAUCCUUGGAUGUUUGAGAUGGUAGAAGUCUGUAUGUGUGUUUUAUUUCUCUAUGCAACCCUGUAGUGCUGGUUAAGCAUGUUACACCUGUGUUGAGGUGUGUGUUGUGUUGAGGAAUGACCGUGUCUCCAUGUUCACAGUUUAGAACAUGGUUAUGUGACUGCAUGCUUGUGUGUUCAAUGGCAGACAGUAAGUGUUCAGUUAUGUUGGGAGAAAAAAAUUACAUAUUUUUCCGUGCUGAAGUGAUCCUCUCUGACUCACACCUGUGUGGAGGGAUACAGUCAACAAACGGAUCAAUCAAUUAAAGAAAAUCUAUUUUUA